CUGUCCCUCCCUGGCCCCUCCCACCCCAGGUUGAGCCGGAGACAGGAUGUGAGCGCUUGUUGUUAGUAACCAGAUCCACUCACCGGGGACUCAGCCGAGGGACAGCGAGUGGGUCACCAGAACCAGAACCAGCCCAAGGGAUGGCUUAGAGUCCCCACUCAUUGCAAGUCCUACUAGCCAACAUGAGUUACUUUAAGGUUCUGCUGAGUGAUCUGACCCAGACCUGCCAGGAUUUAGAGCAGAUCAAGGCUGAACACACCAAGGACCACGAGCAGAUCUCCAGAUCCUUUGAGAGGACCCUGUUGUCCAUCCUGAAGCAGGAGCAGACCAUCCUCACCUUGGUGGAAGAGGAGCACAGACGGCUGAAAGACCAGCUUUCCUCUGUACAGAAAGCCAAUGAAAUGGCCUUACAGAACGGGGUGUGUGAGAUCAAUACCAUGGUGCACGAGAUCUCUACCAUCUCCUCCCAGCUCAAGCAGAUGUUGGCCACUUCCAACGACAGCGAUCCGGUGGUGAAGGAGAUCCAGAAGAGAGUGGCUGCCAUAUUUGCCAGAAAGAAAUGCAUUACUGUGAGGUUACAAAAGGUGCUUUUUACUCCUCAGCCCCUGAUGUCCUUGACCCUCGGGGAGAUACACUGUGAGGGGCAGUCUCUUGGCUUCUCCAUUCCUUGUCUGAAGCCCAAGGGGCAAACGCUAUCUGAUCAGAGUGGCACGAAGGGCCCCGUUCUGCUCCUCGAUGAAAGUCCUCCAUGGGAAGAGAUUUCCCAGAGCUCAGACGAAGCUGAACGGGUCAGUGUAAAGAUCAUUCUAGGGGACGACAGUGAUCGGGAUUCUGUGUCCAGCACCAAAGGUCCAGAGAUGGGGGUUCCGGCCCACAAACAGCCCAACGCUUCUCCAAGGGAACAGGCCGUCAAGGAAGCUGACAGUGCCGCCCUCAGCCCUCGAACGGCCACCAAAAUCUGGAUCUCUGAUAUAAAACAAAGUCCUUCCAGACAGAACCAGUCAACUGGAAUACGGGGAGGUAAAGUUCAAAGAGUUCUGAGUGAGGGACAACGUGUGACCCCCAAAUCUGAUGCUUCUACCACCACCAGCCAUCUUCAUAGGGAGGCACCAAAGGGUGUAACCGCGGCUGUAACCAACGCCAGUGGGGCAAAGAAUCCUACAAAUGCAAGGAGAACCCAAUCACAUGAUGCAACAGACUCAAGGGUGCCCCAGAAACCCCAACAGGCAAUGACCCCCCCAGUAGCUCCUGUAAAGAGUCACACCCCUCUCAGCAGAACAGGCCAUGCCUAUGAAGAGAAGGUGCCUAUAAACCAAAGAGUACCAAAAAUAACACCCCCCAUAAAUGGCCUUCGGGGCGCUCCACACAGAACCACUCCCACAAUCAGCCCAAACAACUUCAAUUCUUUUCCCACACAAAAUGGCCACCGGCCGAUUCCUGUACCCGAUCAUGAAACCGUGUUCAAGGCAACGGCAACGUUUGUGCACGACGACAGCUCAGAUGAAGGUUUAGAAGAAGGACCCCGAGGAGGGGACCCCAAAACCUGCCGGGAAGAGGCCAUCAAAGUGAGCCGGGUACCAUCGGCUAAAAAGGACGGUGACCAUGUGUUGAGGUGGGUGUCGGUAGAUUCGUCCAGCCAUACUGAUAGCAAUGAUGAGAUCCAAACCACGAGAUCCAAUCAGAACACCCAACGCGACCCAUAUGGGUCAACCACAGAAAGAACAUCACCUCCUGCUGUCAAUAAGACGCCCAAUGAGUGUCCUCCAAGGCCGCCUUCACCGGCAGAGAGUGUGCAGUCAUCGUACACCUUUAUUAUAGACUCUCCGAGAAGAAGGGAGGCCAACGAUGGUGCCCCCAAACCUCGAUCUGUCUUCCGACUGGCGUCUAAAGACACCGGCAAAGGCCGCCCCGUUAUAAGCGCAACUGACGGCUCAAGUCCAACCAGUGCUCAGGCUCUGAAACCAAAGCAGCAUAGGAGAGUCCAAUCUGCCGGAAGCCUUUCCGGGUCUCUGCAUCAAGGCUUCACACCCAACAGCAGGAAAAAAAUAGCUCAAGGGUCUUCAGCCCAAAAGAAUGUCCUACGAUCGGCCUCCUUGCCCUAUCUAGAACGGGUUUCAAGGCAGCUCAACUCUAGGCCCCACAGACCACCAUCUGGAUCCGACAGGAGAGACUCCUCCUCUAGUGCCUCAAGUUGUUGGUCCAAUCCAAGACCCUUGGUCAGUUCUGCUCCCCCUGGGUCCAGUCGAGUCUACGGAAGACUGUCCCAAACCAGGGUGAAGUCCGCCCGAUGCUCUCGGCGCCUCGGCUACAAGGCGGAUGGGUUCAGUAAAAGUGAGUCUAAUCUUCUAGACUGCCAAAGAGUUAACGGUGAGAAGCCCAAAGGUCUUGUACGGCAGUUUGGCAAAUUUGGGUCUGGCCGGGCCGAGCUCAAUCUGCCCCAUGGUUUAUAUGCCACCAAGGCGGGUUCCCUCUAUGUGGUGGAUUAUGGGAACAGAAGGCUGCAGAUAAUGAAUUCCCGGGGCAAAAUCCUGCAGCAAAUUGCCCUGGAGGCUAAGAAUUACUUUGACGUUGCCGUGAGCAACCGAGGGCUGGUGGCCUUGACCAACUCGACCGACCGCACCGUGGAAGUGUACAACAAGCAUGGCCGCCUACUGCAAGUCAUCUCCAAGAACUUUGGGGCCCCAAGGGGCAUCACCACCAACUAUCAAGAUGAGUUCAUUGUGGCAGACAUGAAGUUGGGGACGGUUUGUACCCUGAAUGUCCAAUCGGUGACUGGAGGCCACAAGGAGAGCACCAUCGUCCCUGGUUUCAACAAGCCCUACCUGGUGGCCUCCAACAGCCAAGGGCUAGUGGCCGUGACAGAGCGGGGCUUGGAUGGGGGCUGCUGUGUGAAGGUGCUCGGGGAGGACUGGCAAAUCCUCAAGGUCCUGGGACUCAAGGAAACUCUUGGCCCCAAACUCUUUAACCCAUGGGGGGUCUGUAUAGACAGUGAGGGGGGGGUUCUGGUGGCAGAUUGGGGUAACACACACUGUAUUGUCUACUAUCCACCCAAACGGCCUGCAAAGGUCCUAGUGUCGGAGGGUCUGAGCAGCCCCCGGGGGGUGGCCCUGUGGCAGGACUCCCUGCUCCUGGUAGCCGACAGUAUGCACAACUGCAUCAAAGUCUUUCAGUACCAGGGCAUGUGAUUGGCCCAAUCCGGCCCGGCCGCUCCCACCUCGUUAUGGGCAGGGUGUUUACUGUAAAUAUUCCCCGCGGUGCCCUCGCUGUGCUGAGUGUUCUAUUUAAUAUUAAAUCCUAUUUAUUUCAUGG